UUAGCGAUUUCCGAAAAACGUUAAGUUGACAGAUUGCUAGAUUAUUGAGGUAGACCUAAAUGAGUAUGAUACAACCUGUUUUUGGCGACAAGUAUAUUAUUUAUUAUUUAAAAUCCCAAUCAAUGAUGGAGGUCACAGAUUUCUAAAAUAGUUUUGAAGAAUUAAACCGCAAAUAGCAGUGAAGAUUGAAACACAAAAGUGGAGACAGUUAAAAGUUAGACAUAAAAUUUUUGAACCAGACUACGUUUUUAAAAAGGAGAAUUUAUCGGUCAGUAUUAGAAAAGGAUGUUUUAGGUGAAAAUAAAAAAAGUACUUAAAAAUUACUAUGAAAAAUGACAAAAGAGGAGUCAUGCUCACAAGCCUCUCAGGAAAAGCUAUGGACGAGGAAAAACAAGUUGAUCAUUCAACUGAAUUAUUAAGUGAUAAUGUAGAAAAUGUAGCUAAAGUUAAUAAAAUAGGAAAACGUCAUUGGCAGGUCCUUAACAUAUGUUUUCUAAUAUUUGCUGCCUACUAUUCACGGAACAGUCUACCAGUAGCCAUUGUUGCUAUGAAUGAUCGCAACUCAACGAUAAAUUCAGAUAUUCCUACAUUCAAUUGGACCAACAAAAACGUAGUCAUCUCUGCUUUCUUUUUUGGUUACGUACCAGGCCAAAUUAUAACCAGUUGGGUUAUUACCAAGGUAGGAGUAAAAUGGUUUGGAGUUUGUGCAAUGGCGAUAUGCUCUCUUGUAGGAAUGAUUACCCCUCAAGUGGCGAUGUGGUUUGGAUAUAAAGGAGUAAUAGCGGUGAGAGUUAUUCAAGGCCUGACUCAAGGAUUUGCGUUUCCCUCCGUGCAACAUUUACUAGGUGCGUGGGUUCCUCCUAAUGAGCGAGCUGGUUUGGGAGGAACUGUAUAUUCAGCUCGACCAAUUGCAACAGUAAUGUGUAUGCUGUUUUCUGGAUACAUAGCAGCUAGUUGGUCAGGUUGGCCAAUGGUGUUUUAUUCUUCUAACAUAAUUGGAUUAGUGUGGUGUCUAUCGUUUGCCUUGUUCUCUCAUGAUACACCAGCUGCACAUCCGUCGAUUACUACAAAAGAGAGGAUAUAUAUUGAGAAAUCCUUAGGAUCAGUAACCAUUGCUCAAAAAAAGCAGAAAAUUCCAUGGAAACAUAUAUUAAUGUCUGGUCCAUUUUGGGCUGUAUCUAUUGCACAGGCUGGAUUUAGUUGGUGCUUUUGGACACUUCAGACACAAACUCCUAUGUACAUGAAAUAUGUAAUGAAGUUUAACAUUGAAAAUAGUGGAACCCUUUCAGCACUUCCAUAUCUAGCUCAAUGGAUUGCAUGUUUCAUGUUUAGUUUCACCUCAGAUUAUCUAUUGAACAAGAAUUUUUGGAGUAUAACUACGGCAAGGAAAGUGAUGAAUUCCAUUGGUAUGUUUAUUCCAGCCAUAAUUCUCAUAUUUUUCGCAAACACGGGCCCAGAACAAUCAACAUUAGCUGUAAUUUUACUGAUAUUUGGUGUGGCAAUUAACGGUGCUACUUUCUGUGGUUUUAUGAUAAAUCAAGUGGAUCUAUCCCCAAAUUAUGCAAGCAUUUUGGUUGGGAUAAGUAAUGGUCCUGGACAAGUCACUGGAUUUCUAGCUCCGCUGUUUGUACAGGCUAUCGUUAAAGAUGAAACAAAUCCUCUUGAAUGGCGGUAUGUAUUUUAUACGUCAGGGGGAGUAUAUAUUUUAUCUGGAAUAGUUUUUAUUGUUUUUGGUUCAGGCAAAGUUCAGUAUUGGGAUGACUUGGAAGAGCAUAAAAGAAAACAACGAAUAAAUCCAUAAAUCUGGAUAGUGCCCAAAAUACAUCGAGAAAAAGCCUCUUCAUUGAGUACAUAGAAGACUGAUACUUAUCGAUAUGAACAAAACCAGCAGAGCGUUAAAGUCUGUUUCUUCGUAAAGAAUGGUUAAAAGAUUAUAUGCCCUGUGGGUAAAGUGUUUUUAAAAAUUAUGGAUUUUAUAUUAAUAAAGAAUUGUAUUUUA